UUCCUCUUUCUUUUCCCUGACUUGUUCUUCUAUCAUCUGUCUGUUGUCUGUUGUCCGCCUGUCUUCAGUGUCGUCUGUUUCUCCUUCUUUUGACUGACGACUUCACCUCGUCGAAACGCCUGUCGCUAGUCGCUCGCUUUGUUUACUCCCCCCACAUUCGGUCGUUCGCUGGAUCACCCGAUCGGCCUUUCACUCACCCACUGGAAAAGGGUCCUGGUCUGCCAGUUUUUGAUCUCUUCUCGCUCGCUGAGAGAUUCUACAUUUCAACCGGGAAUUUCGACUCGACACGACAUUACUCUGGGAUAUCGAUAUCUUCCAAGACAGGUUCAUCGCUGACCCGCUCUCAAUAAGAAUAAGGGUCCAAGGAUCGCCAUCGAUCCAUUCGGGACAUCUUCCCCGGCCAUUACAACAUCUAUUUUUGUCUUCUCCACCGGAGACAGCCAUCAACAUGCGAUCCUUCGCCUUUCUCUCACUCCUGUGUUUCCUCUUCGUGAUAGGAAUUGUCUCCGCCUCAUCAGGCCCAGGCGCGGAAGUGUUGUAUGCGCGAGCCGAAGAAACUGGAGCAGACAAGGCCGAAGCAGAAGCCACCCCGACCGCCGACCAGCCCAAGGAGACUGGCUCCAACAAGGACGACGAGUCGACAUCCAGCGCCGAUAAGACCGACAAGGACGCGACCGCCACAGACUCGGAGAAGAGCACCGCUACCGACAAGGACGAUAAGCCCACCCCUACCGACAAGGACGACAAGGAUGACAAGCCCUCCAAGACCGACAAGGACAAGAAGCCAAAGUCCACCUCGGUCGACCCCCGCCUGCCUGCGGGCGGUGUCUCCAUGUUGACGCCCGACAACCGCGCCACGACUUACUACAAGGUGGGCGACCAUGUGACGUUCGUGUGGAACUACACCUCGCUCUCGGUCACCCCGUCCGCCGUCAACGUCGUUGCCUCCUGCAGUCUGAACAGCGCCACCUACACCAUCUCGGGCAACAUGAGCGUGGAGGAGACGGGCAAGGUGGUCUGGGACACGAAGAAGUACCAGGCCAAUGCCACCGUGCCGCUCUUGACCGCAACCUACACCCUGUUCGUCUACGACAUAGAUGGGGAGCCUGGCGACACGGCCAAGGCCGGACAUCUGGGCUCGCAGAUCGGCUACAACUUUGGGAUGUAUCUGCCGCAGUCCUACACCCCGAUCAACGAACACGUCUGCGCAACCUGCAACGGCGCCCUCUCCGACACCGAACGAACCGCCCUGAAGUUCGCCGUCGGCAUGGCAGCCAUCACCAUAACCACCUUCACCUGGUUCGCAGGGGACUUUGGCGUCUUCGCCACUUGAUUCUAUCCCACAACAAGCGUUUAUUUCCCCUUCAUUCACCCCGUCGGUACACUACCGCAACACACUUGCAUUUCGAGCGAAACUUGUUUGAGCUAUCAUGAGAACGAUCUUCAGUAAUUAGGUUGGUUUGGGACGGCGUUUGAUUGAAUUUGGACCGUGAUUGACAGUAUUUCUUCAAGCAAUCAUAGCGGGUCUAGCAAAUAAUCAUUCUUAUUUCUUUUUUCUACGUGUAAUUAACCGUUGUUAUAUGUUUAUAAUAUGUUUCAUUGUGGACCUCCAUAUACAUGAUCACAGAUGCAGAUGAAGAUAGGCG